UUUUUUUUAAAGAGAGGCACAUCUGCCGUGACAUCACACCUCCCUUAAAAAAAGAAGCUGGACUAGUAGUGGGACAUACCCUGUCAGGGCGAUGUGGAGGAGCAGCCAAGUCGUGCUUGCUUCUUCUUCUUCUUCUUUUUGCAUGCGCUCCCCCACCCCCUCCCCCUCUCCUCUCCCCUCUCUCUCUCUGCAACCUCAGCUCACUUUUUAAGCCAGCCUGAGUGAAGAUUAUAACGGCGGCUGAAAAUACAGCCUUCCCCGGGACACAACAACAGAGUUAUGAAGUAAUUAGGUUGUUUUUUGUGGAAGGGAUGGAGAGGAUGACAAAGCCCGCCAGGAGAUGAGCAAAGAGGAGCGGCUGGGCCGGUGCUUCGUGGGCGGACAGCGAACACUGCACAAGUCUGCAUGCAAGUUUCUUCUUCUUCUUCUUCUUUCUCUGCCUCCUCCUCCUGCACGCUUGGACCGGAGCUGACCGUGAAGAUGGAAUGCAGAUGGACGGGCCGGGGCGAGCGUCCCAUCUAGAAGCCUUCAGCACGGCACCUGAGCAGUCUGAUGGCUGGCGAGCUGCGGACAUGACUCCUAAGGCGUCCCAGACGUGGAUGCCGCACUCGGGAUAAAAUCUCAGCAUCCGGGCAGAACUUUUUAGUACACAAACCAUGAAGUCGUUAUGGUUUGGCCUCAAACUGAGCGCAUGUUUGUAAUCCCACUGUAGUGCCCUCAUCCCCUCCUCCUCCUCCACCCUCCCGCCACCCGCCCUCAUCCCCCCAUCCCCCCCGCCCCAUGUCACAACUUUCCCCAGAAUUAUGGAAAUUUUGUGGAGGACGCUGACUUGGACGUUGAGCCUGGUGGUCAUGGCUGCUCCCCAAUUUCAGAGCGUCGAGCGACUUUCACACAACUCACAAGAGGAGUUCCUGUCCUACCUGCAGCACUACCAGCUGACUGUCCCGGUUCGAGUGGACCAGAACGGAGAGUUCCUGAGCUACACUGUGAAGCACCACCGGCCCGGCCGACGGCGACGCGGCACGGUGGACCCCUCCCUGGGCCUGGAGGCACCGGAGGCGCCGGAGUCCCGGCUCUUCUACAGACUGUUCGCCUACGGCAAGCACUUCCACUUGAACUUGACUCUCAACCCCCGCCUGGUCUCCAAGCACUUCACAGUGGAGUACUGGGGCCGCGACGGGCUGGAGUGGCGCCACAACACGGUGGACAACUGCCACUAUGUGGGCUUCUUGCAGAACCAGCACAGUGCCACCCGAGUGGUGCUCAGCAACUGCAACGGCCUGCACGGCGUGAUAACGACGGAGGAAGAAGAGUAUUUAAUCGAGCCAUUAAAGAACGUAUCCUCCAUCAGCGCCUGGAAGCUGGAAGAAGCACAGCAACAUGUUAUUUAUAAAGUGUCCGCCAUCCCUUCGUCCAAGGAGCACAGCCAGGAGUUCAGCUGCGGCAUUUCAGACCUCAUUAAAAGCAACGCACCCCGCAGUCUGCCGAGCGCCCCCUCCUCGGUCCCUGCAGCCCCCCACGGGCGCGACGACACCAACGGGCGGAACGUGACGCACAGAAGCAGGCGCUCCGUCAGCACCGAGCGCUUCGUGGAGACGUUGGUGGUGGCCGACAAGAUGAUGGUGGGUUACCACGGACGCAAAGACAUCGAGCACUACAUCCUGUCCGUCAUGAACAUUGUUGCCAAACUUUACCGCGAUGCCAGUCUAGGAAAUGUUGUCAACAUCAUCGUGACUCGGCUCAUCGUCCUGACGGAAGAUCAGCCCAACCUGGAGAUCAACCACCACGCCGACAAAUCUCUGGACAGCUUCUGCAAAUGGCAGAAGUCCAUCCUGUCCCAUCACAGCCACGGAAACAGCAUCCCAGAGAACGGCAUGGCUCACCAUGACAACGCCGUGCUCAUCACACGGUAUGACAUCUGCACCUACAAGAACAAACCCUGUGGAACUUUGGGCUUGGCCUCCGUGGCAGGAAUGUGCGAGCCGGAGCGGAGUUGCAGCAUCAACGAAGACAUCGGACUCGGCUCCGCUUUCACCAUCGCGCACGAGAUCGGCCACAACUUCGGGAUGAACCACGACGGCAUCGGGAACUCCUGCGGCACCAAAGGCCACGAGACGGCCAAGCUGAUGGCGGCGCACAUCACGGCCAACACCAACCCCUUCUCCUGGUCCGCCUGCAGCAAGGACUACAUCACCAGCUUUCUCGACUCAGGUCGGGGGACGUGUCUGGACAAUGAACCUCUGAAACGAGACUUCCUGUACCCAACAGUGGCUCCGGGCCAGUUGUACGACGCCGACGAGCAGUGCCGUUUCCAGUACGGAGCAUCCUCACGACAGUGCAAGUAUGGGGAAGUGUGUAGAGAGCUCUGGUGCCUUAGCAAAAGCAACCGCUGUGUCACCAACAGUAUCCCCGCCGCCGAGGGAACGCUGUGCCAGACCAGCAGCAUCGAGAAAGGGUGGUGCUACCAGGGCGAGUGUGUGGCCUUCGGGAACUGGCCCCAGAGCGUGGAUGGCGGCUGGGGUUCCUGGUCGGUGUGGGGGGAGUGCAGCAGGACGUGCGGGGGCGGUGUCUCCUCCUCCAUGAGGCACUGUGACAGCCCAGCGCCUUCCGGAGGAGGGAAGUAUUGUCUCGGCGAGAGGAAGCGCUACAGGUCCUGUAACACCGCCGCCUGUCCUUCGGGAUCUCGUGACUUCCGAGAGAAGCAGUGCGCCGACUUUGACAGCAUGCCGUUCCGUGGGAAGUACUACAACUGGAAGCCUUACACUGGCGGUGGCGUCAAGCAGUGUGCCCUCAACUGCCUGGCAGAGGGCUACAACUUCUACACUGAGCGUUCCCCGGCCGUCAUCGAUGGCACCCGCUGUCAGGCCGACUCUUUGGACAUAUGCAUCAACGGCGAGUGUAAGCACGUGGGUUGUGAUAACGUGCUGGCGUCAGACGCCAAGGAGGAUCGUUGUCGCGUGUGUGGAGGUGAUGGCAGCACCUGUGAAGCCACCGAGGGACUCUUCAACGAGUCUCUGCCCCUGGGAGGCUACAUGGAGGUGGUUCACAUCCCCAAAGGCUCCGUUCACAUCGAGAUCCGAGAGGUCACCAUCUCCAAGAAUUACAUUGCUUUGAAAUCCGAGGGGGACGAUUAUUACAUCAACGGCGCGUGGACCAUCGACUGGCCGAGGAAGUUCGACAUUGCCGGCACCGCCUUCCACUACAAGAGACCCUCCGACGAACCCGAAUACUUAGAAGCUCUCGGGGCCACCACAGAGAACCUAGUUGUCAUGAUCCUCCUCCAGGAACAGAACCAGGGGAUCCACUACAAGUUCAACGUGCCCAUCCAGCGUACAGGCAGUGGCGACAACGAGGUGGGCUUCUCCUGGUACCACCAGCCCUGGUCCGAGUGCUCAGCUACGUGUGCCGGAGGCUCCCAGAAGCAGGAAGUGGUGUGCAAGAGGCUUGACGACAACUCGCUGGUCCAAAACAGUUACUGCGACCUGGAAGGCAAACCUCCCGAGAAGCAGCGAGACUGCAACACCGAGCCAUGCCCGCCAGAGUGGUUCAUCGGAGACUGGUCGGAGUGCGGUAAGACGUGCGAUGGUGGAAUAAGGACGAGGACAGUCCUAUGCAUCAGGAAGAUCGGCCCCGCCGAGGAGGAGACGCUGGAGGACACCCACUGUCUGACCCACAGACCCGUAGAACAGGAGGCCUGCAACAACCAGUCCUGCCCACCCAAGUGGGUCACUCUGGACUGGUCUGAGUGCACACCAAAAUGCGGGCCAGGAUUCAAGCACCGCAUCGCCUUGUGCAAGAGCAGCGACCUGACUAAAACUUUCCCGCCCGCCCACUGUCCGAGCCACAACAAGCCGCCGGUCCGAAUCCGCUGCAGCCUGGGUCGCUGUCCUCCUCCACGCUGGAUCCCCAGUGAAUGGGGGCAGUGCUCGGCCCAGUGCGGCCUUGGCCAGCAGAUGAGGACGGUGCAGUGUCUGUCCUACACGGGACAGCCGUCCAACGAGUGCGCCGAGACCCUGCGACCCACCGCCAUGCAGCAGUGCGAGAGCAAGUGCGACGCCACGCCCGUCUCCAACGGCGACGAGUGCAAAGACGUCAACAAGGUGGCCUACUGCCCGCUGGUGCUCAAGUUCAAGUUCUGCAGUCGGGCGUACUUCCGGCAGAUGUGCUGUAAGACCUGCCAGGGCCACUGAGCCCGGCAAAGACCCGUCCAGACGGAAGGGCCGACUGACUCGGGAGCAGCCGAGGAAAAGACGGCGAGGUUCUCCAGAAGGAAGCCAAACCGCUGACACAAAACUCUUCACUUCUGUGAAGUGGAGCUCGGAGGAGGGCGGGUUGGUGAUGUUAUUUUAUUAUAAUAAUAAUUCCUGAUAUCCUUGGUAGUCCUCCGAGUUUGAUCAAAUCCAAAGUGCUGGACACACAUCCCAGCACCCCCCUCGUGAGGAAGGACACUGCGAGUGCUGUUGCCGGGAAGACUUUUGGCUUGGCUGCACUUUUUGUGUAAAUACUUUUUGCCAAGAAGAUACGACAGACAUCCGUGUACUGUAUAUUUAUUGUACUACAUGUCACAUAGUAGCCUACUGUCUUUCCAUGUGAGUCUCUUCCUAUCUAUAUGAUGUACGAAUGAUCAUUUAUCAUCUUCAUCCACACCUGCUGACUCGAAGGGUGCCUUGAUUGCUCACCGAGAUCAAUUCAAGACGAGUCAGCGACAUUUAAACAAUUUACCAGAUUGGCCUUUUACAAAAAAAACUGACAAUUUAGACGUUGCGUUCACACUUGUCGUGUUUGGUUGGUUUGAAAGGAAUCUGGUGUGCUGGUACGCUUUGCUUGGUCAUGUGUGAACCCAAACACGGACCGCUAUUAAAGUGGCAGCAUGCACACAUCAUCAAAUGUGUUGGAUGCUCUGCUCUCUCCCUCUGGGUGAGUGACAACGCCACUCUGUAAAAGUAUAUGAAAUCUAAGCUGGUAAAUAUAGCUGAAUAUAAAAUGAACCUACGUGUUCAACCCGGCAGACGGAAUAACUGAGUUACGUCACAAAAGUUGCCCAAUCAAGUCCUUACUUCUCAAAUAGUGUGGCGAGCCACCCAGGGGGAGACGGAAGAGGCAGAGUUGGCAGGUCUGUUGGUCUUUAUUCAUGCUGAUCCACGCCCAUACAGAUAAAUGAAUAAAUAAUACGAGCUUCUCAAUAGUACUUCAGUACCCCGUCUGGUACAGCCUGCACACGCACUGGGCUCCCAACACGCGCCGCCCAGGGUUGAGGGCACUAGGCGUCGAGCUAAAAGCCAGAGCUGUAAACUCGAUGUCCAGUGUGACUCAAGGCGUCGGCAAGAACACGAAACGAAGCGCACGUGAGUACACAGCGAGUAUCUUUUUGACAUUUCGCUGUGGACCACAAGUGUGAACGCAGCCUAAAUGAAAGCUGAGUCAGCAACGUGACCGGAUUGACACCUUCUUUCGGUUUACUCCUGACAGAUGGACUUUGAAGAAGCGUUUCUUUUUUUAAGAUCAGGAUGGCGCCACCUAGUGGACAUCUCACAUGCUAACAACGGUGCUUCCCCCCACCAUCAUCUCUCUCUGGCUCUUAAAAUGUUUCCUCCCGCUCUGCCCCCCCAGGCUUGGUGCUACAAGGCGGGAUGCCCCCAUCACCUCCUCCCACCAUGCUUACAAGCCAGGCUGGAUCCAAACAACAUACGUAUCAUAAAAAUAAUAAUACUAAUAAUAUUAGCUCUCUUUGCUAAAUGCUGCUCACGUCCUCGUCUGUCUGUUUAUACCUCACACUGGGAUCGUUUUUCAGUAUCGUCUCAGCAGCAAAAGGAUGCUGACGCUGUAAAGUGAUCCCAUUACCCACAAGCCAUCACUGCUGGAAAGGGAAUACACCUCAAGUCAUCCCAUUUAUUUCUAUCUUUUGCUGCUGCUACUUUUUUGUUUGGAUUUUUAUGGCUGGCUCCCAAACCUCGAAGGAGGUCGUUGAGGAGGGGUGGGGGCGGGGGGUUAAGGACAGCAGAGGUUGACGACAAUCCAACUAAGAAAAGUGAACUCGAUGCAACUGGUAUUGUCAUUGCUGUGAACAUCAGAGUGCAUCAUGUGAUCAUAUCAUUGAUAUUCAGUAUUAAUAAUUCAUGUCGUUACUCAUUUUUCCACGUGUAAAUGAUAUGCUAAUUUAUUGCAUUGUCUCGUGUGUGCAUUUCUUUCAAUUUAUGCAAAGUUGACAUUUGGCAAAGUGAAAAAAAAUGCAGUGGUGCAGACCCCCCCCCCCGACAUUUUUAAAAGGUAGACAAGAGACAAUAAAAAGGAGCAGCUUUUAAAGAGACCACUGUGUCACUCUGAUCAUUUCACUUACUUGGCUCAUCAAAGCAGCAUAUCAUGCAGUGUCUUAUUGUAUUAUUAUUCCUUAGUUUGGCCAUAAAACAGUGAACAUUUCUGGUCCAAUGACUUUUUUCCCUCUUGACCUCAGUGAGACAUAGGAACAAGCAGCAUAUCAUGCACUAUCUUGACCAAAUAAUCUACUUCACAGUUUGACAUUUUUUCUAUAGAUUGUUGAAAAUGUCAAUGUCCAUUGACAUUCUGUGCAGCCUAUCAUGCACUAUCAUGACUAAAUAACCUACUUCAUAGUUUGAUCAUUUGUCGGUAGAAUAGUGACAUUUUCAGGCCCAGUGUCUUUUUUUGUUGCUUUCUCUUGACUUCAAUGAGACAUAGCAGCUAGCAGCAUAUCAUGCACUGUCCUGACUAAAUAAUCUACUUCAUAGUUUAACAACUUCUCUGCAUAUGUCAAAAUUUCAGGGUCCAGCGUCUUUUCGCUUUUGAGUCGAGUGAGACAUACAGCCUGCAGCAUAUCAUGCAGUGUCUUGACAAAAGAAGCUCCUCCAGUUUUUGUGUCCUGCAUUUUGUUUUUGCUUUGUCUUGAUUAAAGGAAGGCAUAGCAAUAAGCAACACGUCAUGCACUGUCUUGCCUACAGAAAGUACUCCGUCAUUUGCUUAUUUGUCUGCAGAUCUGGGCAGGUUUUCGAUCCCAUGUCUUCUUUUGUUUUUUCACUUCCUCUCAUGAAGUGGCAACGCAGCGUAUCAUGCACUGCCUGAUAACAGAAACUAAAUAUCUGUUGGCUGCAUUUGAAAAAGGACCGGUCAAUGGGAUCCAUGCCUGAAUUGAUACAAGAAAGACAAAAGUGACAGGUUGUGUUGUUGUUUUCUGGCACUGACGGCAGCUGAUUGUUGUUAGCAUGUGAGCAUUAGGACAUGCUAGGCCAGCGGAGGUGAUUCCGGUCCAGUGUGCAGACACAUGAACGGUCUGCUGUGUGUUGGGCGUCAGAGGGGGAGGCGUGAGGCUCACGAUAACAGCACACUGUUGCUCUGUCUUGAAUCAAAGCCGCCGCGCUUGUAUGUCGUUAGCGAUGAAAGACCCGAGUGUUCUGGACACUUUAGGGUUUGAACAAAGCACAGCAGGAUGAACAGCUCCAGAUGGUGUGGCUGGACACAGAGCAUGCGGGGCUCCCGAUUUGGGUCUGACAGGCAUGGAAUGCUGCGCCUGGGAUGGGAAGGUCACAGUGCCAAGCACCUGCUAUCUGGGCUGAAGCCCUGUUAAGUCUGGCCAGAGUUUCCCACAGCUGAGGUCCAGUGUGGACUGCUGUGGACCAGAUGAAAGCCUCAGAGGACAAAGGUCGGCACAAUAAUGUCCAGCAAGAGGAAGCAGCCAUGUGAAGAGAAACUCUUCAGCUGGGCCGGGCUGGCCCUGGACUUUCUUAUCUGCGAUGCUGCAAAGCCUCAGCUGCUGGCAAAAGUACUGCGUUUGUGUCGUUUCCCUACUUUCUCUUGGGUUCAGCAAGACAUAGCAGCAAUCAGCAUAUCAUGCACUGUCUUGACUAAAGACCCUAAUCCAGGGGCGGGGCGGGGGUGGUUUCGUCUGCAAGUAGCUGGGUCACCUUUAACAGGCUCCAGUCCUCAGUUAAGAGCAGGCCAAAGAAGGCAGGUAAGUGGAUUACACAUCAGAUCUAAACUGGGGGAAAAUGAUGUUGAAUAUGUUUCCUGAUAAUAAGUGGGUGAUGUAUUAGUAACAAAAUGAUGCCACAUCAUUUGAUAGAAAUGAAAAUGAUCACCCUAUAGAGGGGGGAAAUCAAAGACACCCCAAAAAUGAAAGUGAAAAAAUGAUGCAGCACACUGGUCCAUUUUGCUAAAAUGUCAUUGUAGCAACUCAAAAUGAUUCUCAGUAGUUUGUGUGGCCCCCACGUGCUUGUACGCAUGCCUGACAACGUGGGGGCAUGCUCCUAAUGAGACUACGGAUGGUGUCCGUAGUGUCCUGGGGGAUCUCCUCCCAGAUCUGGACCAGGGCAUCACUGAGGUACCUGGACGCAUGGAGGAGAUUCCAGGAGACAGGUAGUUACUCUGGUUACUCUGGUUACUCUGGUGCAGUGGGACCUGGGUUCCUCCUGGUCCACGACAAUGCCCGACCUCAUGUGGUUAGUGUAUGCAGGUAGUUCCUGGAGGAUGAAGGAAUUGAUACCAUUGACUGGCCCCCACGUUCACCUGACCUAAACCCAAUAGAACACCUCUGGGACAUUAUGUUUAGGUCCAUCUGGCACCGCCAGGUUGCUCCUCAGACUGUCCAGGAGCUCAUUGACAACAUCAUUUUUCCCCCAGUUUAGAUCUGAUGUGUUUUCCAAGUGUUCCUCUAAUUUUUUUUGUUGCAGUAUAUAUAUAUAUAAUAAAUAUAAAUAAAAAAAACAAACAAAAAAAUAACAAACCUGACAGAACAUCAUUGUGAUGAUCAAGACUCUUCUGCUUGUAUUUAGCAAACAUCAACUGCUUGUAUUGUUUAUGAAUGUGCUCAUCUCUGUACUUUGUUGGACUUCCUUACUCAAUCCCUUCCAUAGUUUCAUUCCACACACGGGAAUGCUGUGGCUUUUCAGUGUAGUUUUCACAUAUCAAUGUUUUAAGUUUCAUUUCCCUGUAAGAUCAUAUUUCUCCUCUCUGAUUGAGAAAUACUGGAUGAGGUUUUUGGCUAACAAGUUAUUAUUAACUUUACACAUUUCUCCAGCAGUUUGAAAGAAUACUAAAUCUGCUAAUUUUAAUAUGUGUGAUAUUAAAAAUAAAGG